AUGCGCCGCAGGCGAACUGAGAUGACAGUGGAGUUGCGUAAGAAUAAAAGGUACGAAACGGUGUUUAAAAAGCGCAACGUGCCUGUUGUAACCGACGACGAUGAUGAAGUUAAUGCGCCAAGGGCAAGCUUAGAGAAUUUUGCAGUCAUUGUCGAGAACGCUCAAAGUCCGGUGCUGGAAGUACAGUUGGAUGCAGUUCAGCAGGCAAGGAAGCUGUUAUCCAGUGAUAGAAAUCCACCUAUCAACGAGCUGAUUGAUGCCGGCAUCUUGCCUAUUUUGGUUAAUUACUUAAAAGAUGAUGAUAAGUAUGCCGGAUUUCGAAUUUAUUUGUAUUGUCUACAUGUUUCCAUUUAUGUUUAUUUUAGUCCGACUCUGCAGUUCGAAGCCGCAUGGGCAUUAACCAACAUUGCUAGCGGCAACAGUGACCAAACGAAGGCUGUCGUUACUGCUGGCGCAGUUCCACUGUUUCUGCAUUUACUCAAUUCUGAAUCAACUAACGUGUGUGAACAAUCUGUCUGGGCUCUUGGCAAUAUUAUUGGAGAUGGUCCUCAUUUUCGAGAUUACUGCAUUCAGCUCGGCAUCGUUCCACCUUUGUUGUCUUUCAUUCAGCGCGACAUGCACAUAAGCUUUCUCCGAAAUGUUACCUGGGUUAUUGUCAAUCUCUGUCGCAACAAAGAGCCAGUGUUGUCAGCAGACGUGAUACAGCAACUGCUGCCUGCUCUUUGUUACUUAAUUCAUAACGAAGACGUAAACAUAUUGGUCGACACUGUUUGGGCUUUGUCAUAUUUGACCGAUAGUGGCAACGAACAGAUUCAGAUGGUGAUCGAUUCGAAUGUCGUCAAAGAUCUAGUGCCGUUACUCGGUCAUCCAGAGGUUAAGGUGCAGACGUCCUCACUGAGAGCCGUUGGAAACAUAGUCACGGGAACUGACGAGCAAACACAGGCUGUGCUCGAUUGCGGCGUACUCAAGUACAUGCCUGAUCUGCUCACUCAUCCGAAGGAAAAACUGAAAAAAGAAGCCGUUUGGUUUCUGAGCAAUAUUACGGCGGGAAACAGUUCUCAGGUGCAGGCUGUGAUCGACGCGGGACUCAUUCCAAUGAUAAUCUAUUUGCUGGAGAAAGGCGAGUUCCAGACACAGAAGGAAGCUGCUUGGGCGAUGAGCAAUGUUACGAUCAGUGGCACUCGGGAACAAGUGGCAUAUAUGGUUCAGCAAGGCGUCAUUCCUCCGUUCUGUCAACUUCUUGGAGUUUCGGAUACGCAAGUUGUUCAUGUCGUUCUUGACGGCCUAAACAAUAUAUUGAAAAUGGCAGAGAACGAAUCGGAGCAAAUUUGUCGUUUGAUAGAGGAAUGCAAAGGGUUGGACAAAAUUGAAUUGUUGCAAACGCACGAAAACGAAAGCAUCUACCGAUUCGCGUAUGAUAUCAUCGAUAAGUACUUUCUAGUUGAUCUGCAGUCUUCACCUCCUGAUGAGAGCACGAUGUUCGAAUCGUCGUCGGCUGCUGUUCCCAGCGAAGGAUUUCAGUUCAAAUGA